GGAGCUGAGAAGCUCAGGCUCUUUUAGGUCCCGGGGAGCUGCUGAGGGCAGAGUGAGGAAGCCUCUCACCAGAAGCAGGGUCCCACAGUAACGCUGCUGCUUUGCUUCUGUGGUCAGUGGUCGGGCCCCAGAGCUGAUUCGCCAGCGACUUCACCAUCUCCUGGCUUGGACCGAGGAGAGCAGAGCGACAGGUGCGGGAAGGAGACCAGCUCACGGCAGACCUCAGGCCACCUGGAGUCGGAGUCUUGGUGUGAUCUGGUGCACUCAGGACGUCACGUUUUGUUGUGAGGAGUGUCAUCUUGUCAGCAGUGGGACAAGGCUAGAAUCUGCCAGAAAUCAACGUGAGGAACUUUGGAGCUGCAGGAAGCAGACGGUGAGGUGUUGGUGCGAGACUGCGUCCUCAGCUCACACCACAGAGGAAGCCCAGGUGGUGCCAGGAGUUAAGGCCUCUGAGUCCUAUCACGGAGCUCCUGCUUGCUGACCAUCACCAGAGCCAUCAUGUCUCAUUCUCGGAAGCGCCGCUGCUUCAUGCUUGAGGCUGACCCUGAAGCCCAGGAUGACAACCAAGGUCAUGCUGAUACUCGGGUGCCUGUGCCCGUGGAGGAGGAGGAGGAUUCUUCAUUGUCCUCUUCCAAUUGCUCCUCCUCCUUCCCCUCCUCCUCUCACACAUCGUUCUCCUCCUCUUCUUUCUCGGGCUCUCCUCCACAUUUGAGCUCCUCAGAGGAGGAUGACACUGCUGCUGGAGACCCAGUUUCCCCUGAGAGUCCUCUCGGGGCGUAUGCCUCCCUCCCCGCUAUGGUCUCUGCUCCAUGGAGCUCAUCUGAUGCAUGUUCUGUUAGCAGCCCAUGUGGGGGGGUGAAUGCUUGCCAGGUGCUGCCAGGCUAUCAGAUUUUACCUAGUGGUGAGGGAGAUAACAGGGUAACUAAUCUAGUGAAUUUACUGCUCUUCAAGUAUCGAAUGAAGGAGUUAGUGACAGAGGCAGAAAUUCUAAAUGUCAUCCAAAAUUAUAGCGACUAUGCUGCCAUUUUUUCUGAAGUCUAUGAGUGCAUGCAGCUGGUUUUUGGUAUUGAGUUGAAGGAUGUGGAGCCCUCCAACCACGCCUAUGUCCUUGUCUCUGUCCUUGGUAUCAGCUAUGAUGGGAUGUUGAGUGAAGUUCAGGGCGUGCCCAAGACUGGCCUGCUGGUACUUCUCCUGUGUACUAUUUUCCUGCGUGGUGGCCGUGUCCCUGCAGAGGACAUUUGGCACAUGUUGAAUGUGAUGGGAAUAUGGUCUGGAGCAACACAUUUUAUCUAUGCGGACCCCAGGAACCUCAUUUUGGGAGAUUUUUUGCAGGAACAGUACCUGGUGUACCAGCAGGUGCCCAACAGCUGUCCAGCUCGAUACGAGUUCUUGUGGGGUCCGAGGGUCUGCGCUGAAACCAGCAAAAUGAAAAUUAUAGAGUUUUUGGCCAGUCUUAGUGGGAGUGAUCCCAAGUCCUUUGGAGCCAGGUAUGAGGAGGCUUUGAGAGAGGAGGAGGAGAGGAUGCAAGCUACAAUUGCCACAAGUGCUGCCCUGGCCAGUGCAAGUUCUAGUGCCAGUUGCAGCUUUUCCUCCACUGAGUAAGGGAGCAUGAUUCAGUGAUGCGUGCGGCAAGGAGCCAGGCUAGAAUUUGGGGCAGUUAGUGAGUCAUCCUUGCCUUACUCUUCCAUCGCACGGCUAGGGGGUUUAUCUUCAUAUCCUAAAAUGUUCCUGUUAAGUGGUUUAGUUCAAAACUUACAUUUACAAAUUGUCAGCUGCAUGUUUCUUGCUGUUUAUGAUGUUUAAGAGAAAGCUUUGGUAUUUUGUGAGUCAAGUUGGGGAGUCUUUCCUGCUAUUUGUAACAACAUU